AUCCACUCCACCCAUAAGAAGAAAAACUUAGAAGAAUCAAAACUUUGAGUUCAUAUCCUACUUCACUCUUACAUCAAGGACACUUGACAUAGGGGUGGCACUGAAAUGUUACAAAACCCAUAAACCCAAGACAUAAAUUCUGUUCCUCGUUUCGCACAAGCUCCUAAUCAGAAGAGUCUCUGGUUCCAUUAUGGACACCCCAAGACAUUCUAAGAAAAAUAAAGGCAAGACAGCUCUUUCAUCUGAACGUCCAGAGGACAUCAGUGACUGGAACCGCGACGAUGUGAAACAAUGGAUGCUCGAGAUAGAAAAGGAUGAAAAAUAUGCAGACAUUUUGCACACUGAGGGAAUUAAUGGAGCUGAUCUUCUCCACUUGAAGAAGGCUUACUUUUUAAUGCAGAAAAUACCAGAAAAUACAAUAAAAUUGAUUAUUCAGAAGAUAGACCAUUUGAAAGAACAGACUCAACAGCCGAAUGACAUGGUGGCUCAGUCUUGUAGCUUGAAGCCUUACCCUUUCAAUAGAUAUGAUGCUACUUACAGGUACACAGAAAACAGCAUUCUAGAUGUAACUGAAACUGGUCCUUUAGACCUCAUACAACCAUGCCAUGAAUUCAAAGCCUUCACCAAAUCAGAAGGGUACAUGAAGGAGAAAUACAAUUAUGAAGUAAUUCGAUUUGCAGCAGCUUGUAUGAAUAGUCGCACAAAUGGCACCAUACAUUUCGGAGUGGAAGACAAACCACAUGGACAAAUUCUGGGUGUUAGAGUCCCGAAAAAUGAUGCAUUUGCUGAUUGGCAGAAGGACGCAAUUGAAAAACAUUUCAAAUUAAAAGGAAAAAAGAAUGUUCAAAUAGCAGAAGGAGAAGAGAAUGUUCAAAAACCAGAUCAUGUUAAAAUAGCAAAAAUGUGUAUUAAACCCCCUCGAUUUGUUGAAGUUCUCAAAGCUGACAUGACAUUCUCAGGAAAAUAUGUCAUUGAGGUAGACAUUGAGCCGUCCUCCAUUGUCUGUAAAGACUUACAUUUUACCACUAUUGAUGUGAACAAAAGUGAACAAGAUAAAAAGAAAAAAGGUGACGAGUCUUUAUUUAUAAGAGACGGCAGCGGCAGCAAGCAUAUUGGACCUAAUUCACAAGAGUAUAAUAAUUAUAUUGAUACAAUGCGAGAGUUGUGCCAGCAGAGGGAGGAUGCUGAAGAAAAGCAUCUUUCUGUUGUCAAAAUCCAUGCACAUGGCUCUGCAUUGUGUGAGAUGAUAACAGGAGGGACAGAUUCUAUGGACAUGCCAAAUUUUACUUCCUACAUUGUGGUGGCUAACAAGUCUCAUCCUGAUCAGCUGGAAAACCUGGAUUUCCUUCUUGGUUUGAAUCUAGUGGCUGUUCUUGAUUUUGAUCCACAAUCCGCUGAGAAUGGCUUAAAUAAUAAGCUACUCAAACAGAAUAAAAUGUUCAAUGUUCAUUUACCUGCUCAGUAUGAAGAUACAGGUGCAGUUGAAGACAACGCAAGUGAUUGGUUUUUCUGUAAUGGAGACAUUGAAGGGGAAACUCCCUCUGAUGCUGAUAAUUGGUUUACUGAGAAAGGAUCCUCUGUGCGUCAUGUAGUUUCUUUGCUGUGCAAAAAAGUGUGGCCUCAGAAGAAAUUACUUGUCAUAUUCUUGCUAUUAAGCCAGGUGAGCAAAGCCAGCGACCCUUUGCUUCAGACCUUUAGUAUGUUUCUACAGGAGCUUAGGAGACAAAGCCAAAUCUUAUGCAUCACUGACAAUGAAACAUCGUACAACCACUGGAAUGAUCUCAUCAAGAAGCGACAUAAAACUGACAUGUCAAAGUGCAUUUAUGAGCUAAGUUUUGCUGAAAUCAAUGGCACCAUCCUUAGUCUGUGGUCAGAGAUUCGCAAAUCAAUACGGUUUCUGCCUUCUCGUGGUGGCAGUAAGGUUGUGCUACCAAAGAAAACUGAGAAAUCCUUAAAUAUGCUCAGUAUUCUUUGUGUGAACCAAUGUGAAGAAGGACAUCAAGACAUACAGCUAUUUGAGGAGAACUUUUACAAGGGAGGGAAGGUGUGUUGGUGGAACUUCUACUACUCAGAACAGCCUGGAUCUGGGUUACCGUCAGUCAUCAAACGUGACAAGUUAGACUACAUUGUAAACACUAUUAUUCCAAAUAUGUCGAAUCAGAAGAGAGCUUGUGUGUGUUUCAACAUCUUCCAUCCUCCAGGCUGGGGUGGCACUACAUUAGCCAUGCAUGUUCUGUGGACACUCAAGGAGGAAUUCCGCUGUGCAGUGCUGAAAGACACAACAGAUGAUCUUACUACUGCAGCUAAACAGGUAGUGCAGCUACUAACAUAUGAGGCAAAGGGGAAACCUACACGACUUCCUGUUUUGCUCAUGACUGAUCACUUCCAAGACAAUCGCAAUGUACAAACACUCCAAGAUAAAAUUGAGGAAGAAUGUUUGAACCAGAGCGUUUUUUCUAAAUCUCCGCAAGUCAUUAUUGUCAACUGCCAAAGAGUUGAAUCCUGUGAACCAACUGAAGCAACUGUUGAUGCAGUUUUCAUUCCAAGCUUUUUAUCUGAGAAGGAACAGAAACUAUUUGAGGAAAAGCUGGAGGAGUUUAAGAAGAACAACAAAAACACUGAAACAUUUUAUGUGUCCAUGGUUGCCAAAAGCUUUUCAUUAAGCUAUAUUCAGGAUGUUGUGAAAAAUACCUUGAAGGACUUCAACUUUCAACACAAGCAUGCUCAACUUUUUGCUGUUCUUGUCCUCUUGAAUGUCUACUCCAAGAAUGCAUUGCUGUCAGUCUCUACAUGUGAAAAGUUUCUUGGUGUGCAAACAAAAGCUGAAUCGCGUAAUGUUGAAGAUGCAUUUGAGAAGUUCUCCUCUCUUUUGAAAAGAUGCACAGAUUCUUCCAGUGUGACCUCUGAAAGCAUGAGUGUGAUUCACUCAACAGUAGCUCUACAGUGUUUGGAAGAGCUUUUCGCUUCUCACGAAGUGACAAAAGCACAAAUUGCUAACCUUCUGCUCACAACUGACUUAUUUUAUGAGAACCCUCAACAACAAAAAUUCAUGCAGAAUGUUCAAGACAUGUUCUGGAAGAGGAAAAAUUCAGCCGAGCAUGAAGACUUCUCUUUUUCAACUCUUAUCCAAGAUAUAAAGAAGCAGACUCCAGGGAUGGAAGAAACUGUUCGACUAAAUGCAGAAAAGCGCCUCAGAGAAAAAGAAGCGAUAUUCUAGCUCCUUGCCAGGUACUAUUGCAUCAAAAAACUGGAUUUUACAAAGGCCAUGGUUUGGGUAAAGAAGGCCAAAGAUCAUUUAAGAGAUGACUCUGACAUAUGUGAUACAGUAUCACAGGUACUUUUUCUUGUUUUUGAAAAAAAGACACCAAUGAUCCCAUCAAGCCAGAUAGUCUUGAUAGGUUUUUUACAUUGUUUAAGUAUAUAGCAGAAGCUUGCAAAAAAACUCAACAAACUCCAAAAGAAGAGGCCGUGACUGAAGCACAAAAACAAAAUGAUUACAAUACCUACGACACUGCAGGCCAUCUUGGUGAACUUCAAACUGCAUCUACAGUCAUAGCAAAUACUGCAAAAAAUACCAUUUAAGUCAGGUUUUACUUACAGCAAUUGGCUUACUCAAGACUGCUUGGGUAAAAUUACCAUUAAGGAUUUGUCAAGAGAGAACCCUGAACUGAAGCACUGUUGUGAUGUAUUACAGAGACAUGAACACUUUCUUCUUCACCUAAAAGAAACAAUGAAACAGCAUUUAGAUUUUUUCAACAAUUUAUUUGUCAACUUAGUUCCCCUUUCUGCUGGUGAAGACAAACAAAAUGACCUGACAAAGUGCAAGGUUUCCAGUUACUUUCAGCAAUAUACUGAACUCUUUUGUGGAAAAAAAUGUGAGCUGGACAAGAAUAAGGACGUGAACCAAACGGUUAAUGUUGAGCAGAUGCGGCAAUUUUUGGAGAGCAACAAAGGUGAUUCCUAUGCUGGCCUACUUGAGUAUUUGUAUAAGGAAGACUCUGCUUCAACUCUUGAAGAGAUCAUCAAGAUGUAUACAUUAAUUCUGAAGUCAAAUGAGGCCAGACUGAUGGACACAGUUAACUUUAUCUACACCAAUGUAAUUCUUGCCAAAGUCAAACCUAAUUCUGGGUGCAUCAUGCCCUACAAAGACCUUUGUGAGUUACUUCUAUUCUGCCAUUGUAUUACAUCAAAGUUUUAUUGUUAUAGAACACCAAAAAUAACCAUAAUUUACAAGAGUUGGUGUCAAAAAUGAAGGAGUCAUACUCAACUGAGCUGAAACCUUGGUCUAAUGGAAAUAAAGCAGCUGUCCAUUUUUACCUAGGGAAGGGCAAAGAUUACAAUGGCCUGAUUUGUCAUAGGGAAAUUAACAGCGGAUCAGAGCAGAACAUCUUAACUCAAUGGGACGAUGAAAAUACAUGGAAGAAAAUGAAAGAGAGUAAGAAGCUUUGCAAAGUUUCUGGCACAAUUGACAACAAUUUGAUCAGUGUUAAGCAUGUGAAGGUUGAUCCAAUUUUCAGAAGCCAGUCAGUCAAAAAAUCUAACUCAAGCGUAACCUUUUUUAUCGGUUUUUCAAUGAAUGGACCAGUUGCACUUGACAUAUAUAAAGGCAAAUGGAUCAAAUACCCAAUCUAAUGGAUCAGACUGAUGACCUAAGGCACGGGCCAAAGCCCUUAAGCCCAGUUUAUUUCAGUUUUCCUCAUUAACAUAUUUUACACACUUUAAUAUAAACAAACACAUGAAUCAUUAAUGUUGCAUGUUUUGGGGCUGCGCUUUAGCAGAAAUGCCUGAUUGUGACUGAUGUGUAUUUCAUAAAAGCAAUGGUGUGGUUUUUGUUAUGUGAUAGGUUUCUGAGAGUCUGGCUAGUUUUUCCUUUAUAUACAUUUCACAAAUAUUUUAAUGCAUUGUGCAUACAUUUAUAUAUUCAUAUACAUUUAUACAUUUGUUAUACUGUAUAUUCUUUAUAUUUGAAUGACUUUUAUUGUUAUUUGCACUCAAAAAAAAAAAAAAAAAAAAAAAAGCCUGUAAAAAUAAGGCCCAAAUGUACCAUGUUAAUAUGAAGGAAGUUUCCAUAUUGAUUUUACACAAGGGUUUACAUGUAUUUUGAUUUAGGGUUUAAGGAAAUGCCUGUAAAGUUAAUGAAAAGGAACUGGUAAUUUUUCUACAUUUUUUUUUUUCUUACAUUGUACAUUUGUCACUUGAUAAUUAUUGUUAUUGUUGUGUAACCAUAUGUCUUCAUUCAAGGUCUUUUAAGGCCACAAGUCACUGUUAAGAAGCAGUAAUUUUCCAUUCCCUCUCUUGUGAUUAUCACACUUUUUAAAAUAUAUUUCUGUUAAGACAAAGUAUAAUAAACUUGGUUUUUAUCA